GUGAAGGACAUCUGUAACGAGCUCGAAGUUCGGUGUUUGUGUCACAAAAUUCUCCAGAAUGUUUGUAUGCUCCUCCAUGCCGACCGUGGUUCCCUCUUUCUAGUCCAAGGCGAUAAAAACAGUGGAUGUCCUCACAGUCCCGGAAGUGGAAACAGAGAUCGGUGUUUAGUAUCCAAGCUGUUCGAUGUCUGUUCCAAGAGUACCCUCAUGGAGAUGGAAAAAAAAGAAGAGAUCAAAAUACCACUAGGAACGGGCAUAGUUGGCUACGUGGCUGAGAGUGGGGAGCCCGUUAAUAUACCCGACGCCUACCAGGAUGAAAGGUUCAACCAUGAGGUCGACAGUAGGACAGGUUACAGGACGAAGUCUCUUCUGUGCAUGCCCAUCAAAGACACCAACGGUGACGUCAUUGGAGUUGCCCAAGUUAUAAAUAAAGUUGGCGAUCAGCUCUUCACCAAGGUGGAUGAAGAAGUAUUUUCGAAGUACCUGCAGUUUUGCGGCAUCGGACUCAGGAAUGCUCACCUGUACGAGAAGUCGCAGUUAGAAAUAAGAAGGAAUCAAGUACUAUUAGAUUUGGCUAGGAUGAUAUUCCAAGAGCAAUCAACGUUAGAGCACGUCGUCUACAGGAUUUUACUCCACACACAGAGUCUCAUCCAAUGCCAAAGGGUGCAGAUCCUUCUCACUCACAAAGAUUCGAGUGCCAGCUUUUCAAGAGUUUUUGACUUUGAAGAAAGUGAUGUGAACAUAAUAGAAUCAGGAGAAAGUAGGACCAGUCCAUUAGAGGGACGGUUUCCAAUCAAUAUAGGAAUCACGGGUUAUGUGGCAACGACAGGAGAGACAGUAAACCUGCUGAACGUCUAUGAAGAUCCCCGUUUCGAUCCAGACGCAGACAAAGGCACCAACUUCAGACACAAAACGGUUCUCUGUAUGCCGAUAAAAAACUCCAAGGGCCGAAUUAUCGGUGUGAUUCAGCUCAUCAACAAAUUCAACGAUCUCCCGUUCACGAAGAAUGACGAGAACUUCGUCGAAGCUUUCGCAAUAUUUUGCGGCAUGGGCAUUCAUAACACUCGCAUGUAUGAACAAGCAACAACAGCAGUGGCGAAACAGAAGGUCAUCUUGGAGGUUCUGUCAUACCAUGCGACAGCCAGCGUCGAAGAGGCACAAAGAUUAAGGGACCUCAAGGUACCAUCAAACACCAAGUUCGGACUGCUCGACUUUGCCUUCGAUGAUAUCCAUAUGAAAGACGAUGAGACUCUGAGUGCCUGUUUGAGAAUGUUCAUAGACUUGGAUCUGGUAGAGAGUUUCCAUAUAGACUACGAUGUUUUAUGUAGAUGGUUGCUAUCCAUUAAGAAAAAUUACAGAGAUGUUACUUACCACAACUGGAGACACGCUUUCAAUGUGGGCCAAAUGAUGUACUCAAUAUUACUUCUACAGAUUUGGCAAUAUAUUUCAAGAACCGGGUGGAUUUCUUCCAAAUAGCUAGUGGUGAAUUGAACUGGAAAAGGGAAGAUCAUAAGGAGUCAGUGAGGGGAAUGUUAAUGACAGUCUGUGAUUUGGCGGCCAUUACGAAACCUUGGGAUGUGGAGAAAAGAAUUGCCGAGUUGGUGGCUGCAGAGUUUUUCGAACAGGGUGAUUUGGAAAGAGAGAAGUUGAAUAUAACACCGAUGGAUAUAAUGGACAGAACAAAAGCAGAAAAAUUACCUGUUAUGCAAAUAAACUUCAUUGAUUCAAUUUGUCUCCCCAUUUAUGAAGCUUUCGCUAAUUUAUCUGAAAAUCUACAACCUUUGCUGGAUGGUGUUAAGCAGAACAGGAUUCACUGGUUAGAAGAAGCACAAAAAGCACACUUAGUUCCUGAAGAAGAUGUGGAUGAAAGGGAUAAUAAUGAUAAUUUAUCAAAAUCCAACAGUCCCGAUCAAAAACACAGUUCUUCGGAAAGUAACAGUCAAACAAUUACCAAUUAGUAUGAAGAAUUUUAAUAUUUAUGUACAUAUUUAUUGAUAAGUCUAUUUAUUGAAAUAUUUUUAAAUCGAAGACUUGAAUGGACGAGUAGUGAAAUGCGUAAAAGUAGAUUGCAGAGUUGUGAAGUAGGUGUGCCCAUUUCCAAUGUACAUUUUGUGAACAUUUGUAAUGGGUAAUUAUGAGAUAUCGGUAAAAAUUUCAAAUGCUUUUUCUGUAGGGCUCAUUAAAAUCAAUGAUAUAUAUGUACCCUGUCAAUUCAUUAUCUUUAAUAGUUUCGUUAUGACAGCUUUCAAUAACUAUUUCAAAACUACCAUAAUUUGAUGAUGAGUUGUCAUAAAACUAUUGUUUUGCUUCUUCAUUGAUGUAAUAAUAUUCUGGGUGUGAAAAAACUGUGAUACAUUUUAAAUAAUAUUCAAAAGUAAUCAGAAGAGUCAAAUAAACCCUGUCUAAAUCAAAAUGCGAAGAAUUUGAAACAAAAUAAAAUUCUCGUUGACAUUGUUUUCUGUUUCAUGAUAAAUGUUUUUCACUAGGAAGCUACACACAGGACAAACUUUGCAGGAAAAAAUUUACUUUCUCUAAAUUACAUGCAAACAAUAUUAUUAUAUCCCUUUCGUCUUUGAGUCUACUAAAUUUGUGCAAAAUUUCAUAAAAAUCUCAUGAAACCGAUAAUAUUUUUUUUAUGUAACGCUGCAGUUAUCAUUUGGGUACUUAAUUUUUUUCGACAAUAGUUAUUUGUAGUCAGCUUUUAAUUAAUCAUUAGUUCCUACAAUGACUUUCAUUGUCACUGUGCAUAACUGUUCUGAAAAUUAAAAAAAUUCAAGUUUCCUGAAAAGAAAAAAAAAUUAAUAAAUGGAACGAAUAAAGUGAACAAAAUCAUUUUCUCAAUUAUUGUGUGUAUUUGAAAAUUCCCGAGCUAGCGUCUGGUUUCAUUCUUAAAUUCGAUUUCAUUGUCAAACUCGUUUUCCUCAUAUUCUUCACAGAAACAGGUACACAUUAUUUAAUUAUUGUUGCUGAAAUUUACUGUGAAAAAAUAUUACUCUUUGAAAUUUUGAAAUUUAAAUUCACUGAAGUGAAUACGGGAAGUUAAAAUUAUGUAAAAACUCUGAAACAUAUCAGUUUUUUAUAAUUUUGAAUAUCUAGGUCUUUAUUUAAGAUUCAUAAAAUAAAUUGACUUCGGAAGUUUGAAAUGAACCAGAGAAAAAUUCUAUAGUUUUGAAGCAAGGCCUAGAAAUUCAUCUAUGAUAGACAAAUUCAAAAAAUAUUUCAUUUACUGAACCACAUCUGCAUCCCUGUACAAUUACUACAUGAAAUUACUGUAUAGAGACAUGGAACAGUCUAACAAUAAAGUUUUAAUAUGCUUGUCAAGGCAUGAUAAAAUUUUUUGAAAUUACAUAAUGUUUUCUCAUAGUUUUUUUACGUUAUUAACUUACUAUUAACAGAACCUGAAAAUGACAUUGCUUCGGAAUUUCUAGAAUAUGCGCUAUAAUUGGGAUUUUAUUUGAAGUAUUUCACUUUGGCAUUGUAUUUAGAGAUGAAACGGAUAUCCGGCAACUAUCGGGCAAUCUAAAUACUACCCGGACUAAUACCGGAUAAGUAGAGCCUAUCCAGCGGUAUAUCGGAUUAAAAAAAGUAAUUUCAGGUAAUUAUUUGCUUUGUUCAAUAUGUAUCACUCAAGAAAUACAAUCAGUAAUUGCACCAUAAUUCUACAACUCAGAAAAUGAAGUGCAAAUACUGCACUAAGGGCAAGUUAUGGUAAAUGAACACUAUUUUUUCUGCAUUGCGAGAUAGCAGGUGAUUUCGCUUGUCCUCGUUAAUAAGACCAGCUUCAGGAAAAAGUAUUUUGCUUCACACACUUCUGCAAGGUGAUGAAAGAUAGAUGCACUGCAUUCAAUACAAUAAGUCAAUGAAUGAAACAAUUGUUAACUUCGCUUAUUAACGAAAAGAUCCGAAUUGGACCACCCUACCGUUCGCGUGCCGCUGGAUAUUCGGCUAUCCGACUGCUAUUCGAUUCAUCUCUAAUAGAUAUCAUUAAAUGCGCUAAAUAGCAACAUUCCCCCGGAUAUAUUCGACGGCUAAUAUCCUUCUGCAAGAUUGGCCGAAUAUCCAUACACCAAUAGCUAUGUUCCGCCGGAUAUAUUCGGUGGCAAAUAUCCGGCUGCAAUGUUGGUCGAAUAUCCAUA